CUGCGGGCUCCGGCAGCUGCCUGAGGGCGCUCAUCCCCGGCCGGAGCCUCGACUUCCUUCCCCGAUACAGACCUCGUUGCUGUCCGGGGACGCCACCGGAUCUUCUCCUGGAUCCUUUCCCUCCUUAACCUGCUGAUUUUCUUUUUCCUUCCUCCCUGGCUCCGGUCUCUCAGCUCCGCGUUUCCCUCACCUACUCCCGGCCCCCACAGCCGGCCAUCCUCAGCAUCCCACCUGCCGCCCUCCUGGCUUCUGCCCCUCCUUGACCUCAAAUCCCUUGAUUAACAAGUCCCUGUCAUAACCUUCUCGCCAGACUCUCCUAAACUCAUAUUUCUUCUCUCUUUGCCAUCUCCUGACUCCCAAAUUCCAGCUAACCCUUGACCUCUUGACAUUUGACCCUGACACUCUUGACUCCAGACCUCUGCAUUUCUACCUCCUGCAGCCUGGACUGCUGGAACUGAGGCUUUCCCCUGAUUUUCUGACUCCGUUUCUGAAGCUCAUUUUAACUUUCUUACCCCUGGGCCAGUUCCUGCUACUGCUGUCCCACCAUGGACUUCUUGAUGAGCGGCCUGGCAGCCUGCGGGGCCUGUCUGUUCACCAAUCCCCUGGAGGUGGUGAAGACCAGGAUGCAGCUGCAGGGAGAACUGCAGGCCCCCGGGACCUACCGACGACACUACCGAAACGUCUUCCAUGCCUUCAUCACCAUCGGCAAGGUGGACGGCCUGGCAGCCCUGCAGAAGGGCCUGGCCCCUGCCCUCUUAUACCAGUUCCUGAUGAACGGCGUCCGGCUGGGCACCUACGGGCUGGCUGAAGCUGGGGGCUGCCUGCACACGGCUGAAGGCACCCUCAGCCCUGUCCGCAGCGCAGCAGCUGGAGCCCUGGCUGGGGUCAUGGGAGCCUACUUGGGGAGCCCCAUCUACAUGGUGAAGACACACCUACAGGCACAGGCAGCCACAGAAAUUGCUGUGGGGCACCAGUAUAACCAUCAGGGCAUGUUUCAGGCGCUAAUCAAGAUUGGCCAGAAACAUGGUCUGGUGGGGUUGUGGCGUGGGGCCCUGGGCGGCCUGCCCCGAGUUAUCGUCGGUUCCUCCACCCAGCUGUGCACCUUCUCGUCCACCAAGGACCUCAUGACCCAGCGGGAGAUAUUUCCACCCCAGAGCUGGAAGGUGGCUCUGGUGGCCGCCAUGGUGAGUGGCAUUGCGGUGGUCCUGGCCAUGACACCCUUUGACGUGGUCAGCACAAGGCUCUACAACCAGCCCACAGAUGCUCAGGGCAAGGGCCUCAUGUACCGGGGCUUGCUGGAUGCUCUGUUGCAGACGGCUCGGAUAGAGGGCAUUUGGGGCAUGUACAAGGGUAUAGGUGCCUCCUACUUCCGCCUCGGCCCCCACACCAUCCUCUCCCUCUUCUUCUGGGACCAGCUGCGCACGCUCUACUACAUGUACACCAAAUAACAACAGCCACUCUUCCAACACUCCACCAAUUCGGCGCUCCUUGGACUCUUCUGACUCCAUUGUUAUGACCUGGUGACUUCUGACCAGAUGAUCUUUCAUCCAUCAGAGGGGGACCACCAACCCCACUCCCCAUCUGUUUUCUCAGGGUUGAAUCACUACAAGGGAUCGUUUCCCUCCCUUCCUUGGGUGUCGCUUUAAACCUUCCCUACCCGUACCCCUGUGAAUUUCACACCCCUCUCUCAGGGCUGAACCAAUCACUCCAAAGUGUAUUUCCUCCCUUCCUCCACUGCUGGCCUUGGGUCCCUUCUGAUCCCAUGCACAAUUUGAAACCCCACCGUCCAAGACCAAAGGGAAUUGGGGGGACCCAGGUGUUCUGUUAGAUUCAAAGGCACAGAGAUUAUAUUGGUUAUAAAGCAAGUUUAUUUCUGCAGA